AAGGCAGACUGGAUCAUUUCCGGUCGUCUCGUGCGCUUUGACGCAAAUCUGGCGCUGUAAUAACCGGAUAACGGGAACCGAGAAGGAGGACGGCAGCAAAACGGAUCAGUCGGACAGUCGGUGUGUGUUUCUCCUGUUGUGUAACGCAGGCCCUGAGUUUCUCCUCUAGGCGGAGCGGCUCCGUCUCUCCUCUUUGUCUGCUUUCUGCUCCUCGGAGGUGGAACCUGACCGGAGCGCGGCUCGGCUCGGCUCGGCUCGGCUCGGCGGCGGAGGACCUGCACAUGUCGGCUCCGUUUGUUUCUCCGCCCUGAUAUCGGCUGGAGGACGGCAGCGGGAGGAGGAGCAGGUGGAGAACAAUCACCGAGCCGCAGGGAGUCAAAUAGAAAUAUAUAAAUGUGUUAAUGCGAGGAGCGGCUGAGACAAUCAGGAGAGGAUGCGAUAAAAACAAGAGAGAAGGACAACAGUGAUGCGGCAGCCGAGGUGGGCCCAGAUUGAUGGUUUUAUGAUAUCAUCAUCCACCGCCAGGACCGGAUCCGAUUAAUAAGGAGGAUAAACCACAGUCUGAUCGGGAAUCUGUGUGUUUCCCCCCCCCCCCCCAAUCUGGGAUAAGCAGGAGGCGCUCUGCGGGUUUUCUUCAUCAGCCUGUUAUUAUCAUCCUGAAUGAACAUCCACGUUUAGGCCGAUGACCGAGUCUGGAGCCUGUGUGACGCCAGUACAGCAGCAGAGGUGUGUGUCUGAGCAUCACUGGGAAGGAGCCGCCAGCCCAUUUCCAUCUGUGCGUAAAACAAACCAGGAGAUUCAGGCGAUGCGGCCAUCGGUGCGGCUCUCAUAGAGGCGCAAAUCAGGACUGGACCUCCAGAAAUAUUCCUCCCCCCUCCUGCGCAUUUCCAUCCUAAUCAACUGAUUAUCCAUCUGUGAUUCACAAAGCCUCCCACUCCAUCCAUCCAUCCACCCGUCCAUCUACCCAUCCAUCCUCCGUUACGCGCUCCACAUCUGCAGCCGUCAUGGAGACCACCAAGCUGCCCCCGUCCAGCCCCUCCUCGCCGACCACCAGCUUCUCGGUGCCGUCCGCGGAGAAGGUGGACGGCUUUCCGCGCAGGUCGAUGCGCAGAGCGCGGCAGAGGAGGUCCCACAGCUCGUCCCAGUUCCGCUACCAGAGCUCCCAGGUGGAGCUCACCCCGCUGCCCCUGCUCAAAGACGCCCCGGUGGCAGAGCUACAUGACCUGUUCUGCAAGAAGCUGCAGCAGUGCUGCGUGCUGUUUGACUUCCUGGACUGCGUGGCCGACCUGAAGGGGAAGGAGAUCAAACGUGCGGCGCUUAACGAGCUGGUGGAGAGCGUGGCCACCAGCAGAGGAGUCCUCAUCGAGCCUCUCUACCCAGAGGCCAUAAAGAUGAUCUCAGUAAACAUCUUCCGCACGCUUCCUCCCAGUGAGAAUCCAGAGUUUGACCCUGAGGAAGAUGAGCCGACUCUCGAAGCCUCAUGGCCACAUCUGCAGCUGGUGUACGAGUUUUUCCUGAGAUUCCUGGAGAGUCCGGACUUCCAGCCAUCCAUGGCUAAACGCUACAUCGACCAGAAGUUUGUCCUGCAGCUCCUGGAGCUGUUCGACAGCGAGGACCCCAGGGAGAGGGAGUACCUGAAGACCAUCCUGCACCGCGUCUAUGGAAAAUUACUGGGCCUCCGAGCGUACAUCCGCAAACAGAUCAACAACAUCUUCCUCAGGUUCAUUUAUGAAACUGAGCACUUCAACGGAGUGGCAGAGCUGCUGGAAAUCCUGGGCAGCAUCAUAAAUGGCUUCGCGCUGCCGCUGAAAGCUGAACACAAGCAGUUCCUGGUGCGGGUCCUCAUCCCGCUACAUACAGCAAAAUCCCUCUCCAUCUUCCAUGCACAGCUAGCGUACUGUGUGGUGCAGUUCAUGGAGAAAGACGCUACAGUGACCGAAUACAUCAUCAGGGGGUUGCUUAAGUACUGGCCCAAAACCUGCACCCAGAAAGAGGUGAUGUUCCUGGGGGAGAUUGAGGAGAUACUGGAUGUGAUAGAGCCGUCGCAGUUCAUCCGGAUCCAGGAGCCUCUCUUUAGGCAGAUAGCAGCCUGUAUCUCCAGCCCUCACUUUCAGGUAGCGGAGCGCGCUCUUUACUUCUGGAACAACGAGUACAUCCUCAGCCUGAUAGAGGAGAACUGUCAAGUCAUCCUGCCGCUGGUGUUCGCCACGCUCUACAGAGUCUCCAAGGAGCACUGGAACCAAACCAUCGUGUCUCUGAUCUACAACGUGCUGAAGACCUUCAUGGAGAUGAACAGCAAACUGUUUGAUGACCUCACUGCCUCCUACAAAGUGGAGAAACAGAAGGAGAUGAAGCGGGAGCGGGAGCGUGCCGACCUCUGGCGAGGCCUGGAGGAGUACCAGGAGCGGCGCAUGCAGAUGCUAACGGAGGCCGCCAGGAACCAGCGCAACCUCCAGGAGCGGGGCGAGAGAGGAGACCCGCUGAGCCCCUCGUCCCCGCAGACGGCCCAGUCCGACCAGCCCGAGCCCAAACCCAGCGGCGCCUCCACCGGAGCCGGGGAGAGCGCCACCUAGGCGCCGCUGCACACAGGAGGGGGAAUACUGGGGAAAGGGUGGUGGGACUUGAGGUUGGUGGUGAAAAGUGUUGGGAGACAGAAAAGGUAUAAAAUCCGUUGUUUUUAUCUUGUAUCAUGGAGGUGGCAGCUUCUUGUACAAAGGUGCGAUCUCUGUGAUGCCUUGUUUCCGACAGCGUUGUGUGAAACUGGUUCACUUUUAGCUGUACAUGUUGCAGAUCAUAACUCCAAACAGGUGCAGACUGUCACGUUAUUUAAUAUCCCGUUCAGUAAACUUGCAAAACUAGAGACAGAAAAAAGAGCGUCUCUUUUGGUGUCCAACUCGUCUCGACAUUUGACCAACAGAGUCCCGUACCGUGGCCUCAUCUUUACCUUUUUAGCCGAAAGAUGCUAACUCCUCGCGUGCAUAGCACAAAAACAGACGAAGCAAUUUCACACAAAUGUCAAAAGCGAUCGCUGCACACAAGCAACCCACAAACAUGUAGGUAUCUGCUGUAAAUAUCAGAGGAAGGAGCUGUGGAGACGAAUCUCACACAAACAAAACACCUGCACACACACAGAUUUACUCAGACACAAACAGCCAGGUGUGGCGCUGACUCCUCCCACUCCUCUGGGCGCCACCGACGGAGCACCUUAAUGAAGAAGGUGAUGACUCUGGUAUAAAGUACAAUAUUGUUCCUUCUUCUUACUUGUUACUCUACUACUACUACUCUACUCUAACUACUACUGAUGAUGAUGUUUUUAUAUAUAUAUAAAUAUAUAUAGAUAUACAUACGUCUGGAUAUUUCUGUAGUGUAUUAUGGGAGAAACACUAGUGUAGCAGAAACCAUAAAAAGGGGAAGGCCGACUGGAAAUCCUAAUUUUUACGCUGUGUGAGGCCAUAAUGUGAGUGCUGAAAUUCAGCAGAAUACCCCUUUAACAGACCUUAACGAGGGGGAAUGAACUGGACCGGCAGCAGCUGUUUUUCUUUUACUUUGAAAUGUUUGACAUUGGUGAUGUGCUGCAAGCAUCAUAGACCACAUUUGGAUUUUACUACAAACAUACAUAUAUACGGGAAAAACUAAGCACAUUCUUGCUUUUUUUCUAUAAUUGAAGAGAAAAAGUAGCAGCAAAAUAAUGCGAAAAAAAUACACUUACUGAAAUAAUCGUUAGGAAGUGUUUUAUCAGGUUUUUAGGUCUGCAGCAAGAUGGUGGGUGUUAAUUAGCUCAGCGCCAAAUCGGAAAGAUCAGCACUGACCUUAGAGAAGCUAACGUGUUGCAAUCCUUUCCCUACGGAAGCACUUAACUGCCAGAACUUGGAAAGAAAUUUAGGAGCGAUAUCUAGUUAAAACGAGAUUUUUUGUGAUUACAACGAGAAGUUUUAUUUCUUGUUAUAAGGAUUUGUAAACUGUGUUAAUACGAGAAAAUGUAUUGUUAAAACAAGAAAGCUUUGUCGUUAUAACAAGAUGCAAAACUUGUUAAAACAAGAAAUGUUUGUCGAUAACAAGAUGCAAAAAUGUUAAAAUGAGAAAGUUACUUGCUAUAAUGAGAUGAGUUUUAUAUCUUGGUAAAAGGAAAUGUAAAACUUGUUAAAAGGAGAAAGUUUCUCACAUGUAAAAGUGCUUUUCUGACAGAAUACGUCUCGUUAAAAAAGCCUAAAGUGGCUCACUGCAACUCUCCUUCUCACCCUUUUUCCUCUAGAUGACUUCUAAAAAUCUCAAGAUAUGUUGCUAUUUACUGUCACAACUUUUUUUACUUAAAUGAGAAGACAUUUUGGCUUUAAUAAUAUAUAAAUCUUGUUAUAACAAGAUUCCCAUCUUGUUAUAACAAAAAACAUUUUCUUGAUUUAACAAGAUGCUGCUCCUGAAUUUAUUUCCAAGUUCUGGCAGUUAAAAAUUUCCGUACUCCUCAACAAAACAAAGCUAAAGAAAAUGUGUAUGGAAAGAAUGACAAGCUCAUAAUUUAGGCUUCGAUGGAGUUUUAUCAGUUUGCUCAUUUUAAGUGUGCAUGUGUUUAACAUCAUGCCAAGUCCGUAAACCAACAGAAAUUACCUUGGAGAAGCUAAAUUACAGCAGUUCCCCAGGUUUUUUUCCAAAGUGUCCUCCUACAUUUUAAUUUCAUUACUGCUUAAAGGGACGAUUCAAAAAUCCAAAAGACAGUUCUUAAAAUCAUCCACAAAGUGCAGCAUAUUUAUUUAUCUUAAUUUAAAUACUACUUGCUUUAAGAGGAUUGAUUUUCCUGGACAAUGUAAUAAUUAUCUUAAUGAAUUCUAAGUGUCAUAAUUUAGUUUGAAUAUUAUAAUUCAGUUGAAUUGUAUUGGACUCAGGGGACUGUAAGAUAUUUACGCUGUUGAUGCGCCCUCUGAAAGACCUAUCAAAUGUGAUUAAAUCGGUUUUAUCUUCAUUUUAUCUUCAUUCCCUUCAUGCCAUAUAUUAUUUUUAUGAUUACAAUGAAAUACAAAAAGAAAAAACAAAUAGAUAAGAAUUCCCUCACAGCUGGAAGUAUUUCUUUUAGCACAUGUGCAAAACAUACAGAUCAUGCAGCUACAUGCAUGUUAGCUAGCUUCCAUCUUCUUCACCCCAUCCUAAAUGAAAUGUAGCGGUCUCUCUACUGCCACCGGCUGGUCAAGUGGUGGAAAUGCAGCUUCAGCCCAGCUUACUAAUAAAACAGUUUGCUGCUCUGCUCUAAUUAUAAUGAACUCACGAUGACAAUAGUUGAAUUAACGCAGUAGUUUGGUUAAUCGGGUCUAAAACAUAACAGGUGAAUAAAUGAAGCACACCACAGCGGUUUCAAACUAAAAGAAAAAAAGGAGUGCUGCAGUCCGGUUGGAUUUCCGAACCCGGAGCGUCUGUAAGUCCGGCCGACCUGAAGCUGCUAGAAGGUGACCAUGGAGAUGAAAACUUUUUCAUUGUGAAUCAACAGAAUCAUUGUUCAUUCUUGUCUGAUCAUUAAAAUAGAGUAGUGGGACGAAGAGGGGAGAAAAACAGAAAAAAGUUAUUUUAGCAAUAUUUUCAUUCUUUCAGGAUAAUCUGUGUGUUUGUAGGGAGUCAGACAGGAUAAAAGAAACUCUUGUUUUAUCUCCUGCUGCGUCCGUGAUAUUCACAUUGUCUUAAGGUACAUUAUUUGUAAAUUUGACGAGAAAUGAUUUUGCUUUGUAAUUAUGUUGUUCAUUUUAUUGUCUUUUUGUAUGACUUUGUUCAUUUUGUGGGGGAAAAAAAAAAUCAAUUCUGAUGCUAUUUAUUUUCUAUUUGAUCAGGAAAUGUAACCUUAUUUGGAGGUGAUGUUCAGGUUGUGGAUGCGUGUGUGUGUGUAUGUGUGUGUGUGUGUGUGUGUGUGUGUGUGUGUGUGUGUGUGUGUGUGUGUGAGUGAGUGAGUGAGUGAGAGAAUCGGUGAGCAGAAGACGAGCGUAGAAAGAGUGACAGAGAUUGAGAGGAAGAAGCAGUUUUCUCUUUGUUUCGUUUUCUCUCUCCUCUCCUUUUUUAAGGGAUUGGGGAUUUGAUUCUCGAAUGUACCGCACGAUGUAAGUGAUUGUUUCUUUUUUUAAAUGCUAAAAACGCAGAGCUACCUGUCAGCUGCUUUGUGGCAAACCUUCAGAAACUCUUACAAACACACACCAGAUCAAGCCUGAAUCAACAAAGUUGUGAAAUUCAUUUUAUUUACAGCUUUAGGAGUAAAGUUUCCACUUCCAUUGGGUGAAGAAGGAUUUUAAAUAGACUUAUUUUAUCAACAUCACCCUCAGUUCAGCCUGUUUAUAUUAUUCCAGUUCAUUGCAAAUAUCAUCCUGGUCACUCAGCCUUUUAAACAUUUUGUACCAUUGCAGUUCUGGUCGUUUCAUACCGUAUUUUGUAAAUCACAACAUGGUGGCAUCUACCACAGAACAUUUUGUUUCAAACAGUUUUUUCUAAAGUCUUUGACAUCCAACUAUUUACAAAAACUCUCCAUGUUCUGCUCUGAGUCGGUUGUAAGGUGUUUUUGUGACUCAGCGGGUCAAUUGGGGAUCAGAACCAAAAUAUAUGGAAACAGGGUGUAACAAAAUGCUGUUAGAUCACAUUAAACAAUUAAAUGGAAUUACAUUUGAUAUUUGAACAUUUUGAUGACAGUUUAUCUCAAAAGGUCAUGAAAAUACAACAAUCAAACAUAAACUGAUGGCUUAACCUGCAGCUACCUGAAUUUAUUUGCGAGCAUAUACAUAUUUUUUGUCUGUUUUUGUGUCAAACUAAUCCUUGAUUAAGAUGAGAUUUAUUAUUAGAAUACAGCGCUUAUAGGAUAAAUAUAAAUAUGGGUAAUUGCAUGCAAAUUUUUCCAAAUUAGGCCUAAUUUGGCAUAACUCACCAGUAGGUGGCAGCAAAGAUGAUUCAAAUCUGAUAUUAAAAAUGUUUUGAGUUUUAAUCAACAGACACCUUUGGUAUACAUACGCCACUCUAGCUGUCUGGUGGUUUGAGGUUUAUUGGAAACAAUAUAGGGUGAAGUAAAACGCUACAAAAUAGUUUCUUUAAAGGGAAGAAGUGGGGAAGGAUGGCAUGAACCGGCAAUACAAAAUGGGGAUACAAAUUGGUGAAUGGGGUGAUUUGAUUAGAUUAAUUUCAUCCUAAAGAGUUGAAAUAAAUCUAAUUACAUUCAAUCAAAUUCGUCAGGUUACAUAUAGUAGUGGUUAGUUGCAAUUUAAAAUACAAAAAUAGUUGUUUUACUAUCCAGCGUAGUUAAGCACUUGCCUUGAACACAUAGUCAACAACAGAGAUCUGGAAAUGUUCCUAAACUCAGAUUUAGAUGCAAUAAACUCAUAACCCAAACAGCAAAUAGUCAAUUUACUGAGUUGCACAACUAACAGUUUUCUGGGUAGAGUUGUAGCAGGUUUUUUAAAAACUCCAUAACCUCUCCAUCUAUCGAGUCAGAGAAUAAAAAAAUGUAAAAUAAAGCAUGAAACACCUUUUUUUAUGUGAAGAUGCACCAUAGCACCUCUUGUUUCUCAGUUGAGUUUCAGAUUUUGUCAAUUUCAGUUUUCACUAAGAAACUCCAGCUUUGUUGAUAUUACCUCACAGAAUGAUCCACCGGUAAGAUGUUGACAGCUGAUGCAACUCUACAGAACCCCACUUCAAAAUAAAACCAGAAUUAUUAUCCCUUUAAGAUUCUGAUAGAGGUAAAACAUCAAGAAAAAACAAAUAAAUACCUGAACAUAAGCAACAGACAUUUAAUUAUCUGAGUCAAAACAACGAUUACAUUAAAAAUUAAUCAAAUGUUGACCUAAAUAUUAUCAUCUUGAUUCCUACAAAGCUUUUAAUAUAAGGCAGGAAUUUUUUAUUUUUUUUUAAAGUACAUUGGUGAGCUCAACACUUACAGUUAUAUCAUGAACUUAUAACAGAAUCUGGGAAAACUUGCAUAGCAGUUUUAGGUCAAAUGUUAAUGAAUGCUGUCGCUGUUAUAAUAAAACUGUUAAAAAUAACUUUCUCUAAUCUGGAAACAUUCAGAUGGAUUUCAAACUUUGUCUUGAUUCAGGAAAGCAACUAUUAAAAAACACAACUGAUGUAAGCCAAGACAAAAGUCUCACCUUUCUGGCACAAACUUUCUUUCUUUCUUUCUUUUUUGAAAUUUUUAUUUGAAUUUUUUAUAGUGUUUUGGCUUGAAAACUAAAAAAACAAAACAAAUACACACACACAAAAAAACAUUUGCUUGUUUCUGUCUCCAGGAAAACAAAACCCCAGCUCUCACUGCUCUCAGAUUUUCUGAGUAUUUGAUAAAUUCACCUUAAUCCAGCCCUAAUCCAAGUCUAAAAGUGAGAGAGGAGAGGGGAGUGUUUUCAGAGCGCACCCAACAGACAGACAUCUCAUGUUGAUUUCACUGACUGUCAUGUUUCUAUAUUUUGGCCAUGUUUAUUGAGCCAAAUUACAUUUAAAAAAAAUGCUUUAAAUCAGAGGGGUGACGCUAUGGGACUGAAUGACAACAGGCAGUGACGAUUAAGCAAAAGGAGGAGAGACGAAAAGAGUUUAUACAUGAAAGCACGGCAAUAAGUCAGAGCAACAGAACGAGAAUAUAAUGUUAAUAAAAACUUCAACUGCGUUACGUAGCAAUUUCACAGAACGUCUAGAUUUGCACUGUCUGCCCAAUGAUCUGUGUUUGUUUUGUUGAUGAUAAAAACAAUACAGAGGAUGAUAGAGAGGUUGGAAAAGAUGUAUAUUUUGGGGACCAACACGUCAGUGGGAGGGAGGGGGGUUUGAAUGUAGAGAAGCUAACUACUGUAUGUAAUAACAUAACAACAGGGGGAUGUAGACUGGAGAAAAAAAAACAUCUAUGUGCUAAAAAAACAAAAUGAAAUUUCACUUUGAGAAAACA